CAAUGAAACAGACUUUGUACCGAUCUCUCGCGGUAUACCCGGAACUUUUCGCCUCCGUCAGAUACGUCCGAAUAGCACACGACCAGUAACCGUCCCUCGAAAUACUACGCGCACGGUGUUUCGGUGCACGAUAACGUGCGCGUGUACGAUUCCAUUCCAUUAUCUCAUCUCAAUUGUUUUCCUCGUCUCUCGGUCGUAUUAUAAAUAUUAUUUUGAUACCUAUAACACUGUACGCGUGCGUUGUGUGAUCCGCAUCACUGUUAUGGUGUUUACGAGAUACGGGCCACGUUCCAGAGGACCAAGCAUCAUAACAAGUACAUAUCCAUUUUAUAUACUGUUAGAGUUGAUAACGAAAAACAAAAAACAAAAAAUAUCACUCGCCAGUGAUAUUAUACUCGUGUCUCGUAGCAUAGGAAUGAGGGUGUGCAAUAGGCGUGUUAUUAACGCGCGUAGCAUUACAAUACCAUAUAAUAUUAUUAAACCGUAAUAGCGGUAGGUAACGUUUUGUUUCCGAUCGCGGUUCACAGAAGUUGACAAGAAAAAUGAACAGCACGGAAACGGCGCUUGAACACACCGAAAUAUCCGAAGAUGCGGACUGGGCUCUGGUGGACAUCGCGAACAGCAUCAACGCUACUGGACUCCUAGCCGAAGACUUGGAAGAAUACGGAGGUUUGACAGAAGUACAAACAUUGAUUUUAGCAUGUGUAGCCACAGUCAUACCUCUGUUCUUAGGUCUACUGCUCGUUCUUGGCGUGAGAAUGGUGUGGAAAAAAUACAAAAACCACAAUACCAACAGCGGCUAUGACAACGACGGACUGCGCCGCGAAGACAGUUGCGAUGCCGUCAAGAGUUCGAGCUUCAUGCAAAGCGCCGAGGAGCUGAAGACCAGCGAAUCGCAGUAUUCCGUCCUGAUGCCAGAUGAUGCGGCGUCGACGGCGGUGUGUUGCUACGCUGCGGCGAACGGUGCUUCCGCGCCGUUGCCGCCGCUGUUGUACAAUAGUCCGCCCAACAAUCGUUUUGGAGACACGAACAAAACGAACCUGAACGGGAGCAUUAUCACGUUGACGAUGAAAAACAACCAUCUGAUUGUGGAAACCGAGGAAAGAGUGCCGGGCGUUUGCAUGGCGUCGUCGGCCGGCGAGGUGGCGGCGGCGGCGACGGCUGCUGCCGCCGUCGCCGAAGCGGAGGCCAAAUCGAUGGACUACGAGUACGACGACGACGAGUUCGACAUGGAGGCGGAAAUGUUGCGUCGCGAGUUUCGGGAGGCGUCCCUGUUGGCCAACGGAGGAGGCGGAGGCGCCGCGUGCGGCCCGACCACCGUGGCCGUCGACCCGGCCGUGCUGGAGCCCAGCAGCCAGACUCAGGUGGACCUGACCGCGGACCGCCGGCCGACCGCGUCCGUGGCCCAGCUACAGGUGGCGGCCGCCGACCACUCGAGCGGAGGUUCGUCGUCGGUGGACUCGCGCGUGGCCGAAAUGGCGUACGCCUAUGGCAAUCAGUGCGAGUACACCGUCGAAGACGUGGCCAGCAAACACGGCGGCAAAGGACCGUCGAUCGCCGUCGUCAAGUCGGCUGCGGCGGCGGCGUCGACGGCCACCGUCAACAACAACAACAACAACAACGACGAAGAGUACCUGGUCGAACAGCGGUUGUUAGGAAACGGUGUGGACGGCGGCGGCGGCGGCCACACCGACGGUGAUGGUGACGAUUUGCCACCGCUGCCGAACGCCGAUAAUUGCUCACCGGGAGAUCGCGGCCUGGCGACGACCGCCGCCGCCGCCGCCACUGCCACCGUCUCCCAGUAAAAUAAAACGUCUUCGUUUAUUUCAUUAGGUAUCGUGUUCGUAUGUGUGUUGUGUGUGUGUGACUUUAGGUGGUUUACGUUUUCGAUUUUUCUUUUUUUCCAAACCCAUUUUCGACCGAGUUAUGGGUUUCUUCGAGGUCUUUCAGAACGAUAAACGUAGUGGCUCGAACGACUGCGCAGGUCGUGCGAGAUCAAACGGAAAACGAAUUGUCCGACUAGCCCUUUUUUAAACCGUCCGUCGACUCGAGACUAUUACAAAGUCUGACGUUACAAUUAUAAUAUACUGUUUUCAAAACCUUCACUACAGUCUUCACGUCAGCUUUUUUACUCGUAACGAAUAUUUUAUUGAUUUUUUUUUUCAACUCGAUUAAUAUGAUAGUAUAAUGAUUUAUGACCAUCAUUUUGGAUAUUUACAUUGAUAAUUGGAUCCAAAAAUAAUUUUGGAAUGUUAAGUAUUAACCGUUAUCUGGGCGCUGUCGUUUCGAUCGCAACAACGUGCAAAACUAGAUACCUAAUAUCUAUACUAUUUAUACCUUGUGUGUUUAAUAUUUGGCCAGUCCUGACGAUUUAAUAUUAUAAGAUUGAAUAUUGUUAUCUUAACGUACUUAUAACACCUAAACACGUGUACCGGACGACCCGCGAAAACUGUUGUCUCCGUUUUACAAUAAUAAUAAUCGGCAGAUGAAUAAUGUUAUGUAGGCGCUAUAUAUAUGCUAAUGUAUUGUGAUGUAAUUGUUAAUCGAUCGAGCCAAAUAAUAUGCAAAUAUAUGUUAUGCCAAAUUUACCAAAUCAUAUGUACCUGUGUUAAUCGUACAUAAUAUGUUACUCAAAUGACCCUACGGCGUUCAAAAUAAACAUUUAAAAUGACCAUUGGUUAGUUAUUUCCGUAAAACUUAUUAGGUUAUUGGUGGGUACCAGUAUCUCAAAAUAUCUUUCAGUCAUUCGGUCGGUUAGCUAGGUAACAAAAAUACACUAAAAUCAAUACGAAUUAUUUAAAAUAUUUUGCGUCGCAUAAUUGAUUUUAUGAUUUAAUAUUUUAAACUCAUAAUGCGCGAUUUAUAAUAUACGACAUAAUUCGAAAGCCGAAAUCGAGAGCUAUGAGUAAUUAAACAUUAUGAUAUUGAUGCGACGUCGGGAUAUAGUGCUUUUUAAUUGUUAAAUAAUAUAAUAAUAUGUCAAAAGCGUUAGUGAAAAUCAUAACAGACUGUUCUGGGAAAAAUAUUGACUGGAAAGUCUUUUGGCAAAAUCAAAAGUUUAUCUCUGAAAGACAAACGCCAUAAAUUUGUCGUGUUUAUUUUAAAAGUACACCGUAUCAACGAAAAGUGUACAGUUACUUCCUUUUGAUUAUUUAUUUCCGACGCCUUUGUCAUUAUGUCUAUUAUUAUUAUUAUUAUUUUAUAGUUGCCGUUGUUUUACUUUUGUGAAGUGCCUGCGAUCCGUAAAAGCAAUUUAAGUCAGAAGUAUAUAUAAAUACAUAAUAAUAUGUUGAUCUCGAAAUUCGUCGGAAAAUUUGUUCUUGGUGGAUUACAAAUACCUUCGAAUUCGACCUGUAUAUAACUUGUGUAAAUAACUCUUAACGCGUCCAAAUACACAAUCGUAUAGUGUAAUAUGUACUGUUUCUCUCGAAACUUAAUUUACCCAGUUUUACUGUAAUACGUAAUGAUAUAAUAAUAUGAUAAAUAUACAAAUGUCUAUGUCGAGUGUUCUAGUUCCUACAUAACGUAAUGUAACUAAUAAUAAUAUGAUUUUAGAGAUUCGUUUAUCCGAGUAUAUAUGUAUACGUUUAUAGUUAAGUCUGAUGGCCAUUUAUUUAUUGAUAACAUUAUAUUAAUUCUAUCUAUAUAUGUAUUAUGUACAUAGUAUAAUAUUAACAGUCGGCACAGAAAUACGCGUAUCGAUCUUAUAAUCAUUGUGAUUAACAAUUCAUUUCGAUCGAAAAGCUGUCGUAUUUAAGCAACAAUGAUCCAUUGAUUGCUAGUUCAAAUCGUAUAAAGUCAUACAAAUAUACUAUAUAUACUAUACGAUAUAAUACAACAUUACUUUAAAUAUUUUCAACAACACUUAAGUAGAUUACAGGCAAAGUAUGUUGUAAGUACAGUGAGCCGGUUAAGAUUGGGCCCCAUUGUUGUAAUAAUAAAAGUAUAAAAUACAAACGUUGUUGCCGUGUACAAGAUUGGUAAAUCUCGAUAGUCGAUGGGCGAUGUAUGUCAUCAAAUACCAAAAUACCAAUGAGUAAUAUCGUUAUCGUUUCGUUAGUCGUCAUCUAACGAUUUAUGGCUAGACAUGAAUGAAAUAUUAUGGUAGUGUAAGGAAUGUAAUAUCCUUUUAAGUGUUGAAACCAAUUUAGAAAAAAAAUACUCAUCUAUCGUCAUUUUAUCUUAUCUACAAAAUUAUUGUGCCAGUUACCUAAUGGUUAUAUUAUAUAACAAAUUUCCUCAACUAGGUAAACUUAAUUUAAGUAAUCUUAAGUAAUAUAUAUACAUACUAUUAAAAUUGAUUUUUUUGUAGUACUAUCUAAACGGUUAGUACAUGGUGUAUUGUUGUAUUGUGUAUGACCAUUUUUUAAUGUCAAAUAAUUGUACAUAGUUAAUACUUUUUAUUUUAUUUUACGAAUUAACUAAAAAACAGUAAAAUUAUAAUUUCGUCCAAUCCGAGUUUUUUAUUCCUUCUUAAUUCUAAAAUUAUAUAAAUUCUUAAUUAUAUAGAAAAUAACGCCGAAUUCGUGUUUUAUAACUAUAAUAAAAUCAAUAGAUUUUAGAAUUUUUUUUUUCUAGAUUUAGAAAAUAGUUAGUUUUAGAUUUCAAGUCCUGAACAUUUAAUAUGAUUAUUACUAUAUUCAAAUAAUUUCAAUAAUAUUUAUACACAAGUUGAUUUUAUCUACCCAAUCGCCUAGAUAAAAGUGAUAUAUUAUUUUGUAUCUUGAUAAAUAUAUUAUGACGUACGCAAUAAUAUUAUCUGUAUCCUAUUCUUGUAAUCUAUUCUCAACACUGUAUGAAAGACUCAUUCGUAGAUAAACUAAUAUACACACUGAUACUUAUACUAUCAUAUCCGGUAUAAUGCACAUCAUCGUCCACCGGGUUUCCAGAUAAACCAUAAUAUUUUGAUGUCGACUUAUCCAUUCCAUAAUUUAUGUUCGGAAACAAUGACCGGACAGUGGAAAUAUUUCAGCUGCAAUUCACGUCGAGAAAAAGUUUAGGGGCGUUGUAUACGUAUUAUUCUUCUAUUCCAUAGAGUGUCCCGUAACGCACUAUAUUUUAUAGGUCUUAUGCGUCUUUCGCAUACGUGACAUGGGGUACGCGCACACCGCUCGAGCUACUUUAAAGUAAAUCGAUGUGUUAUUAUCUAGAUCGGUAUAUUAUGUGUCCUUUAUUUGUACACCCACAUCAAUCCACUAGCAACUCCGCUUGGCAGACGAGGCCGCACGUAACAACGCGUAACCCGACGUGCCACACACAUGACAGAACUGCGCUUUUUAGGAUACAAUACGUCAAUGUACUUUGCGUAUCGUCAACACUACGAUACACCUACGAUACUGAUCGAUAAUUCCCAUACGAAUAAUAAUAAGUGGGUACACGGGGCGUUGUACAAAACACGAUUUUUUUUUCCCCCGAGUCCUGGCUAUUUUUUUCAACGGUUUUCGGUAACUAGUCGACGACGAAUCGAGUAGAGCCAAUCGAAAAUCGAGUGAAACGGUCGUUCCGAGGGUAUUUCUCAAAGGCGUGUGCGAACGAAUAUUAUGACUUUACAAUACCUGACAAAACGCGCAAUUCUGUCAGUUAAAGUUGCCAGCUCUCGGAUUUCCUGGAAAAUCAUAUUGUUAAUACGAAUUUCUUUCGUUUUUUUUUCCAACACAACGAGACAUAGUUUCAAAAAAAAGUGACAGCGCGUAUGUGUGUGUGUGUGUGUAUGUAUGCGAUGUGCCUGAUCGCAUCAAUAAGAAGUAAAUAUACACGUAUAAUAUAUAAUUAGUAUAUCAAUUUUGUCUAGAAAAAACAUAACAAUACAAAAUACACAGGCAUAUCACAACUUAUCGUUUUAAGACCUCUACGCCUACUCACCUGAUAAUGAACAAUUAUUAUAAAUUCUAUCAUAUUUUAAUAUAAUUUGUAAUAAUAAUAAUACAUUGGCCACAUCAACUUGACUUACUAUUUGAAACUAGAGUAAUUACUAACUACAUGUCAUUUUUAUGAAUAAAAUAUUAUUACUUUUAUAUAUAUUGUUUAGCAUAAAUUAGUAUCGUAUACCUAAUAUCGUAUAAGUCCCAUACAUUAUAAUUGUAAUUAUUUAUAAUAUUAUAAUGUAAUAUUGGAAUGUGAAUACAAUAGUACGAAAUUCGUCGCGUAACCAAAUUAUAUUCUUACGGUUUGUGAAUUUUUUUCAUGAUAUUUUUAAGUAUAUUAUUUUUAGAAUUUUACUAACAUAAAUAAAAUACAUUUUUACUAUAUCAUAACAGAUUUUGUAAAUACCCAACAUAACAAAGUGUAUAUAGACAUUUAUGUCCCGAAAAACCUCCUAGACCCUGAAUAAGUAUGUAAUAUACAACAAAUACAAUUUGUAUUGUUUUGUAAUUUUUUUUUUUUUUUGUACUUUUUAUUCUUCAAAAAUGUAAAUAUGGAUUUUUUUAGAUUUAUGUUAUACGCUGGUCGAGCAUGAUGUUGUAAUACUAUAAAGUAUAAUUGAUUAUUUCUACAAAUGUUUUUUGUAUAAUUUUCGUUACUGAAAUUAAUUUUGUAAUUAAUAACCGUUUGUAUGACGUCCCGAUUUUGAGUUUAUAUAUUUUUACCGUCCAAUAUUAGUUAAGUUUGUUAUUUACCAAAAUAUUAGUGAAAUGGAUCGUUGUGAACUAUUCGGAUUCCUCCUCGACAUUGUGCUAACUUUAAAAGUUGCAUUAAAAUCUCGAUUUAUCGUUAUUAUUAUUUUUACUUAUUUUCUGAGCUGUACUCAAAAUUAUAUAAAAUUCAAUCUCAGUCGCGUUGUUGUCGUCCGUCUAAGUGUAUCCGUCCAGUUGUUUAUGUUAAAGCAGCAUAUGACUGUUUCAUAACAUGUUUUCUACCGAUAUUAAUUAAGUAUCGCUGAAAAUAAACAGAAUACUCUUUGGCAUUCGUGUGGUCCUUGCUUUGUAUCAUAAUAAUAUUAUACAUAGAUUUUUCGUUUAUUUUUCUUUAGAUCUGUGUAUUUCAAUAAACAAAAAAUUAAAACUGUGUAUAUAAAAUAUUUAUUAAUUUAUUACCUAUAGUAUAAUUAUUUAUAUAAUUAAGAAUUGAUGAAUUAUACUCAUAUACGUGUAUUGUCCACGCACGCAUAACGAUUGACGACUGAAAUCGAUAAUUAUUUUACACAGUAAGUUGUAUACUGUAUACAUAUAUAUAUAUAAUAUAUUGAUAUUGAAACAGUCAUUUACAAUAUUUGAAGUUAUAAGUAAUA